GCUAUGUAACAGCUAUAGGUACAUCUGUACCCAUCAUAUUUACACACUGUGACGCUUACGGGCGUCACGCGUGAGUUCGUCAGACGCAGAAGGUAAAAAUAAUCGGGGUUGUCAUGUUCACCUAAUCCUGCUAGCGCUGCUGUUGUUAGCCUGUAUCCCUUGGUCAUCCCGGUAUUCGACAAGGACUCCUGGUGAAGCGGGUAGCCUAUCGGACCAGGAGUUAACGCCAUGGGCGUUAUUAGGAGUUUUAAGAUCGAGUUGAACCCCAGUGAUCACCAGAAUGGCGUGUAUUACACAGGGGAAGUGAUCACAGGAUGGGUGCUUGUCGACCUGAAAGAGGAGAUGAAAGUGCGAGGUAUUCGAUUGUACUUCUCUGGUGAGGCCAAUGUGAAGUGGAAGAAAAAUCCCGAUGACAGUAGGCUGAUUCUGAAGACGAGCGAGAAAUAUGUAGAUCAAACAAUCAUUAUAUAUGGCAAAGCUCCCGGAGACAAGGGGAAGAACUCUGUCCACCAAGUCGGCCCGGUUCGGUACCCCUUCCAGGCUCUCAUCCCGGAGAACAUUCCGUCGACGUUUCGUGGAAAGUAUGGCAGUAUCGUAUACCGGAUGAGAGCUGUGAUAGACCGUCCCUGGAACUUUGACGAGACCACCCACCCCUUGUUGCUCACCAUCCACAGAUAUGUAGACCUUAACAAGGAACCGAAUGCUCACAUUCCACAGCAAGUCCAAGGCUCUCUUCCAUUCAACUUACUGUGCUGUUUCUCCGGGUCUGUGCAAGUCACGUGGACCACAUCAAAGUCCGGAUAUACGCCUGGAGAACCAAUCGUAGUCCACGGACAGGUUAUCAACCAAACCGGAAGAGGAAUUGAGAGUAUUUCCGUCAAACUCUUUAAGACAGUAACAUACCAUGCCAACAAAUCCAACAAAGUACAUUCGGAGCAGCUUGCCGAAACAAAACUGUCACCGGUACCAGAGGCGGACAAGGAUUUCUGGGCCGGAAACUUACAGCUUCAACUUCCUCUCACUGUCCCGCCAUUUCGACUGGACCAUUGCAAUCUCAUAGAUCUGCGCUAUGAAUUAUGGAUCAAAGUCUCCAUGAGUAGGCGAAGACAUCUAAAAAGUAAGUUAGAAAUAGCUGUUGGCUCUGUGCCAAUCAACGCUCCAGGCACUGUCGCAGACUGGACAGGCGCUUCAGCUCCGAACUGGACAGGAAUGACAUCUCGCCGCUGGUCAGAGUAUGGACAAACUGGCGGGAAAGAUGACAGUCCGCACAGGUGGUCAGUCGCAGGUCAGAGCACCACCCAUUUGAUACAUGAGAACUCCGCCCCAGCACUUAUUCCAAGCGCUCCGCCCCCACCGCCAUAUUCACCUUGAAAGCCUCACGUCAUGCACGCGCUGAGAAAACGAUGUUAAUGGGCAUGGGCUUCGCGGAAGUGACGUACAUUGGACACGACGCAUGCUUAUUGAUUUUUAUAUGAUUACCGUCGGUUUGAUGCAAGGAUCCUGUCAAAAACAACACUUUUCCAUCGAGUAUGAUUGAAAAUCUUUUACUUGCAUUGUGCACGUCAGUUUUAAUCUCUUUUCGUCUUCAAUCUUCGUAGCGUUUGAGAGUAACGAGUUUCGCGCCAUGAUUUUGUGGAGUUGAUAAAUUUUAUGCGACAUGUAAUAUUUCGUAGAGAGUUAGCCGUGAGUUAGCGUAAGCUGUUGAAAUAAGUACUGAAUGAGAAACAGCAAUUAAUAUGUAUGUAUCAGAGUGGAAUGAUCACUCCAACGGCGCGUGUGUUCCUUAUGCACCUUGGACGAAAAUGUGUAUUAUUGUCUCUGCUUACAUCGGCGUCUUCUCACAGCUCCACGCGCCUUGUGCCCUGCAUGGAAACGAUGGUAACCUACAUGCCGAAUGAAUAUGUACCCCGCUGUGCUGCUGUAAAAGAUACUUUAACCUGAGACUCGGAGGAGA